AGAUAUGGUUUGUUUGGCUUUGCUUUACAAGCAAAACUCACAUACUAUGCUCCCUCCGAAAUUGAGAAUGGCGUCUUCUUCUUCUUCUUCUGCAUGUUUUCUUUGCAAUUUCCAUCACAUUCCCUCUUUAAAAUCCCCAACAUUGAAAUCUCCAUCUACACUAACCACAAACUUUCUUCCUCAUUGCUCUGCUCCUCUUCGACUUCGAGCUUCUCCUUCCAACAAAAAUCCCAUCACCACCACCACUGAUGAUGAUGAUGAUGAUGAUUAUCUUGAUCAAACACCACCCCCUAAACCUCCUUCUCUUCUUCCAAAUUUCAGAAAUGGUUGGUUUAAAUUUGAUGAACUUGGAAUGGAUAUGCUCUCCAUUGCCCUGCCAGCUGCUGUCGCCUUGGCAGCUGAUCCAAUUGCCUCCUUGAUCGACACAGCCUUCGUCGGUCACAUAGGGGCGGUUGAAUUAGCUGCAGUUGGGGUUUCAGCUUCUGUGUUUAAUCUAGUGUCGAAAGUAUUCAAUGUUCCUUUACUUAAUAUCACUACAUCCUUUGUUGCCGAGGAACAAGCGCUAAUUGGAAAGGAGGAAGAAUCCGAGCAAGCUGAGGAAAAUGGAAAAUCCGAAAGAAAGAAGCUCCUUUCUUCGGUAUCAACUUCUUUAGUACUUGCUGCAGGUCUUGGAAUUGCUGAAACUGUAGCACUUUCACUUGGCUCUGGCCCUCUUAUGACUAUCCUGGGUAUAGCUGCUGACUCUCCAAUACGUGAACCUGCCGAACAUUUUCUUACAUUGAGGGCCUUUGGUGCUCUACCAAUUGUGAUUGCAUUAGCUGCACAAGGCACUUUUCGUGGAUUUAAGGAUACAAAGACACCUCUAUAUGCAGUUGGUGCUGGGAACUUUCUUGUUGUGAUAUUGGAUCCAAUAUUAAUAUUUCUCUGUGGUCUUGGCAUUAGUGGUGCUGCAAUUGCUACGGUGAUCUCUGAAUAUUUAAUAGCUUUCAUUCUUCUGUGGAAUUUGAGUGGCAAAGUUCUGCUAAUCCCUUUUGACUUUGAUGGGGCAAAGUUUUUCAGCUAUCUGAAAUCUGGUGGUCUGCUAAUUGCCAGGACUUUGGCUGUGUUUAUAACUAUGACACUGACAACAUCUUUGGCAGCUAACCAGGGCCCUAUACCUAUGGCAGGCCAUCAAAUUUGCAUGGAAGUUUGGUUGUCUAUAUCUUUGCUCACCGAUGCUCUAGCACUGGCUGGUCAGUCUCUUCUUGCCAGUAGUUACUCACUGGGAAAUUAUGAGCAAGCACGCCUCAUUAUAUAUAGAGUGAUACAGAUUGGUUUAGGAGCUGGAGUCGCUUUGUCGAUGAUCUUAUUUUUUGGGUUUGGACCAUUUUCUAGUUUAUUUAGCACAGACUCGGAGGUUUUGGAUGUUGCUCAGUCAGGUAUAUGGUUUGUUGCUGGAUCUCAACCAGUGAAUGCUUUGGCAUUUGUUAUUGAUGGGCUUUAUUAUGGGGUUUCGGACUUUGAGUACGCUGCUUACUCGAUGGUGCUAGUUGGACUAAUUUCCUCAGUUUUCAUGCUGGUGGCUGCUCCAGUAGUUGGACUUCCUGGAGUCUGGGCAGGAUUGUUUCUCUUCAUGGCGUUGCGUGUUCUAGCUGGAGUUUGGAGGUUGAGCAGCAAAAGUGGUCCAUGGGAUAUGAUCUGGUAUAAAGAUAGAGCAGAAGACUGAUUCUCAAGAGCUUCUCCAAUAUGAGGAUACUGAUAAGUUCUGCACUCUUUCCUACUUACCAAAUCCCCAUGCUCCUAAAGAGAAUCCAGUAGCAAUACAGGACUAUAAUAAAUUAUUAGAAUGUUGCAAAAAUUGCUGCAAACCAAAUGCUAAAAUCUUUCAAAGUAGAGAUUUUGAGAGGCUAAAUGAGCACACGGAUGGAGAAAAAUUGUUGAAUGACAGACGUGUAGCAUGAAAGUCAAGUCUGUUAACUUUCUGCCAUUUUUUGGAAAUUUGUUUUAUUAAGAGAUUGUCAGUUCAUUUGCAUAUUUUCAUUGCCAAAGGAAGCUGCAUCUUAGAGUUGAGAUCUUGUACUGGUAUAGUCUACAUAAAAAGUCUGUUUCUAGGAAAAACUCAUUAUUGUCGGUGUAAUCUUCACUAACCAAUUGGUAAAAGGUCUUAGUUUCUUUUAUUUUGGUAUAGUAAAUAUAAACGAGUAGCUUCGGAUACUGAAAGUGUCUGUAAAUGAAUAUCGAAAUAUGUUAAUUUCUUCACAAAUCAUCCCUUUGUCUUUAUAA